CCUUUCUUCAGCGCACUCUGUUGCGAAGAACAUUGGUACACCAGGGUAUCUUUCCUCGCCUCUCCUUCUUCUUCUUGUUCUAGACUUUCACACUCUACACUCCCAUCAUGGCAUCGCCUGCCACUGAGAAGGAGAUCUCUCCUCAUCAGGAUGGUGUCGAAAUUCAGACAUCCAAAAAUGCCACCACCGGCGGCGUCGUGGACGUCGACGGCGAGGGAGACGAAGAGUUCUCCAAGGGUCGCCGUGUGAUCAUUGAGAGUGCCAGAGCGGCUGCUGCCAAGGAACAGUCAAUGACUCUGCUUCAAGGCAUCAAGCUGUAUCCCAAGGCUAUUGCAUGGAGCAUGAUCAUCUCCACCUGCAUUGUCAUGGAAGGCUACGACAUUAGUUUGGUCAACAACUUCUAUGCUUUCCCCCAAUUCAACGAGAAAUACGGUGAGCUGUUCCCAGACGGCAAAUAUCAAGUCCCCGCCAGGUGGCAAUCUGGGUUGAGUAACGGUGCCACCGUCGGUGAAAUCAUUGGUCUCUUCAUCAAUGGUUUCGUCUCUGAGAGAUUCGGCUACAGGAAGACGGUCAUGGGAUGUCUCGUCUUGGUCGCUGCCUUCACUGCCAUCUUCUUCACUGCGCCCAAUGUCCAGACGCUGCUGGUUGCCGAGAUCCUGUGCGGUAUCCCCUGGGGUAUCUUCCAGACCAUCACUGUCACAUAUGCUUCUGAAGUCUGCCCCGUUGCCCUGCGAGGAUACCUCACCACCUAUGUCAACUUCUGCUGGGGUCUUGGCCAAGAGAUUGGAAUCGGCGUCAUCUAUGCCAUGUUGAAGCGCAACGACCAGUGGGCCUACCGCAUUCCCUAUGGUCUGCAAUGGAUGUGGCCUCUCCCGCUCUUCAUCGCCAUCUACUUCGCUCCGGAAUCCCCCUGGUGGCUUGUUCGCCGGGGCAAGGCUCAGGAGGCCAAGCAGGCGCUGCUCCGCUUGACCAGCCUGAACCGCGAGACCGACUUUGACGCCGACGAGACUGUGGCCAUGAUGGUGCACACGACUGCCCUCGAGGAGAAGAUUACUGCUGGUGCCUCGUACUGGGAUUGCUUCAAGGGCGUUGACCUGCGCCGUACCGAGAUUGUCUGCAUGACCUGGGCUAUUCAGAACCUGAGCGGCAACGCCUUCUCCAACUACUCCACCUACUUUUUGCAGCAGGCUGGCCUCUCUACCAAAGACUCGUACUCGUUCGCCCUGGGCCAGUACGCCAUCAACAUGGUCGGUGUCUUUGGCGCAUGGGGCUUGAUGACGAUGGGCAUCGGCCGCCGCUCUCUGUAUCUCUAUGGUCUCUGUGGUCUCUGCAGCAUGCUGUUCAUCCUGGGCUUCCUGGGUCUGGUCCCCGAGUCUCACAGGAGGCAGGGCUCUCUCGCCACUGGAAGCAUCAUGGUUGUCUGGGCCCUCUUCUACCAGCUCACUGUCGGCACCGUGUGCUACUCCCUUGUCGGUGAACUUUCAUCGCGUAGACUGCAAAUCAAGACGGUUGUGCUGGCACGAAAUCUCUACAACAUCGUUGGUAUCAUCACCAACGUUCUGACGCCAUACAUGCUGAACCCCACAGCUUGGAACUGGAGCAACUAUACCGGAUUCUUCUGGGGUGGAAUUUGCUUCCUGUGCAUCAUUUACACCUACUUCCGCCUCCCCGAACCCCGUGGCCGCACCUUUGCCGAACUCGACGUUUUGUUCGAGAAGAAGGUCAGCGCGCGAAAGUUUGCUUCUACAAAGGUGGACGUGUUCCACGAAUCCAUCGAUGAGAAGGUGAUGAACCAAUAUGACGGCAUUAUUGAGUCGCAUAUUGAGAAGGUUUAAUUUUGGAUGAAUUUUAUGAUUAUUAAUGAAAGGAAGGGGAACGUAUCAAUCAUGGAAGGAUAGUUUUGAUUGGACGUAUAUACCAUGCAAAGUCUGCACGAGGUUCAUGCUCGUUUAAACAUUUAUAUAUAAUAAUGCUUGUUCAAUAUUCUC